GAGUAAAUAUAUAUAAAUAUAAAGAGUAACUCAAACUUGUUUUGCCAAGACGAAACACGGAAGCUCCUUUGCAAAGCGCGCACCUUUAUCAGGCACCGCCAUGCACGCGCAGAAGGCGUGACCACGCAACUAUGAACUUUUUCCUUAUGACGCACUGGUUUCGUUUUCAAAAGCGGGAAUCACUGAGCUGUUUUGGUCGUUAAAACAGAAUAAUGUUUUGCCAUUUUAGUCAGUGUUAGAUCUAGUUAAAAGUCAGUAACUAGUAUAUCAGCAAAUCGAUAAUUCAGUAUCAAGGAUUGUUUAUGUGACACACGAUGUCUAGUGAUUACACAGACCGAAAUAACUUAGCUUCCGCAAUUAAGACAUUAGGAGAUAUGCUAGAAAAGGAUGAAGCAUUUCAGAGGUUAAUGUAUAAUGCGAGCACAAAGGGAGAAAUCAACCGGGGCAGAGUGAAUAAAGUGUUCCUUAAAGCACUACUGUCAGCAGGAGACAAAGUAGGAGAGUUCUUAAAUGAGCUGAUAGAUCAUCUGAACCUGUUUAAAGUUCUGGGUGAUUUCAGCUGGAAUCCUCCUGUUUUAAAAGAAGCUGAAUUAAAUGAACGAACCAGCCAACUCCGGACCCAGCAACAUAAGUAUGUGGAAAGAGUAAGUGGAUUCUCCCACUACGGUUUUGGGGAGACAGGCACUCCAGCGAGGGGUGACAUCACGUCGCCAAGAGGGCCGCAAGUUGCAAGCAUUGAAGAAGAUCUGGCAACCUCAAAACUUGCAGAGCUUUUAUUGGCAGUUGGAGAUCAUUUGGAAAAAAUAGAAAAAAAAGGUCAAUUUUUGCCAGAGAAUGUAGAAAGGUUUUCAUUGGAUUGUUUUAUUACCUCUGAAAGUGUUAAACUUUCAUCUGAAGCAGUGGAGCUGGCACCUUGUUAUACUGAACCAGUGAUCAUUCAGAGGAGCAAAGAGCAAACUGAGAAAUACUGUCAAGAAUAUGUGAGGUCUCCACACACAUCAUCUCAUCUGUUAUCAAAUGACAAGACUCAGAGCAUCAGAAUCGGCCAGCUCUUCAGUCCUGACAGUGAUGGAAACACACCGAAAACUGUGAUUCUCUGUGGAGAUUCUGGAAGAGGAAAAUCCUUCGUAUUAGAGAAGAUCAUCUUGGACUGGGUUCAUUUAGAACAUCAUUUUGAAAACUUUGAUGCUGUUUUUCUUCUGAAAUAUGAAGAGCUGAAGUGUCUUUCUGAGGAGAUGAGCCUGACUGAGCUCUUGAGCAGGAGCUGCAGUUUAACCUCAGAUCAGAUCUCACAGAUAUUACAAUUAACCCCAGAGAAAGUUCUGUUCCUCAUUGAUGGAAUUGAUGAUUUUUCAUUUAAUGCACACAUUCAAAUCUCAUCACCUACUGAUCCAUCCCAGAAAGCCCCAGUUAUAAGCAUUAUUCACUGCCUGAUGAGGGAUCUCCUGCUAGUUGAGUCUUCUGUGAUCGUCACCACUAGAUAUACCGCUGCUGCUGAAUUAAGCAGUCUAUGUAAAAGACCUCAGCGUUUCACUGAGAUUGAGGGUUUCUCUGAGAGAAGGGUGCAGGAGUAUUUCCAGAAGUUUUUUCAGGAUGAGCAACUCUUCAAGAAAGCAUAUGAGAGCAUGAAGACCAAUGAAACCCUCCUGACCUUCUGUUCUGUGCCUUUGCUGUGCUGGAUGGUCUGUUUUUGUCUGAAGAAAGAUGCUGAUCAGGUGAUGACAGAACUAAAGACCACCACAUCCAUAUAUGUGCACUUUGUGUCGACUCUGCUGGAGGAUCAUCACCAGAGUCAGUCUUUCCUCAGGAGUCUUGGUCAGCUGGCAGAGGAAGGGAUGAAGAACCGACAAAACCUGUUUGAUGAAAAGAGUGUAACCAGGACUGGCUUAGAUCCUGCUACUAGAGUGUUCAUGAAUAAAAUUUAUCUUAAGCGAAAGAAAAAACAUGAACUACUUUUCAAGUUUAAGCAUUUGAGCUUUCAGGAGUUCUUCGCUGCUCUUUAUUAUAUCAUGCUGGAUGAAGAAGAGUCUUGGUGCAAAGUCAGUGAGCUGUUUAACAUGAUGGAAUCAGAGGCUUUAAUCCACAGGUCACCUCCCAUCUUUAGAGGCAGAUUAUCAAAUCCCAUCCCUUCUGUCAUGAUGUUUCUCUGUGGCCUCUUUAAUAAGAAGGUGAGCAGCUCACUUUUUGAAAAGAUGAAGUCUACUUUUUCUCACAACGUAAAGCUGAAGAAAAAAGAACUGAAGAAAAAGCUGAUGAAAAUGAUCCCUGCAAUGAUACGUCAGUAUGGGUUUGAAUUGUUUGCUCUUCACUGUCUGUAUGAGCUCCAGGAUGAGAGAUUUGUCACGAAAGUUCUGGAAACACACAAGUUUAUAGAUCUGUCUAAUGUUUCUCUGAGGAGCACAGACUGUUUGGUGCUGUGCUACUGUCUUCGGUUGUGUCCAAACAUCAGAGAGCUGAACUUCAUGAACUGUGAUUUAACAGCUGCUAAACUCAAGAUUCUUCAGCCGGCUCUUGGUCUGUGUGAGACUCUGAGGUUUUCAGUGGAGCAUCUGUCAGAGAUCGGGGAUUUGAUCCAGAUUCUUAGUGAAUCAAAAAUCUUGAGAGAGCUCAAAGUUCGAGAGGAUGAAUAUGGUGUUGAGAGCCCUAGAUGGUCAUUUAACCUUUCAGUCACUCGUGGAGAUGUCUUGUUGACUUUGAGCUCAUCGGAGAAAAAUCCAUCAUUUUCAUCAGUCUUAAACAUCAGACUUACAUGUGCACAAUCACAGAUAUCCAGAACUGACUGGACACUCUUUCUUCAGAGACUCCGUAAGACAGGAACAUUAACUGAAGACUCUUCAGCUGAUGAUGAUCAUGUCAGUUUGCAGCUGUCUUCACUUCACUCUGUGGGAUUGAAGUCGUUGGAUCUGACGUUGGUCAGUCUGAAUGAGAGCUGGGCUUCUGGGAUCAUUUCCCUCAUCCAGAACUGCACCAGUUUACAGCAGCUCAAAGUCAGUGUCACUGGUUUGCUGUUGGAGGAGGGACUGAAGUUACUGAAGAAAUCACUGACAGAUCCACACUGCACCGUGAUCAUUGAAGGGAGGAGGAAUUGCAGUGAACCCUCAGAAGAGCACUUGAGGCAAAGUUAUGAGAAAGUGGAGAUUCACUUCAAACCAAAGCUUCUGGAGGAGCUGGCAGAGCUGAGCAUCUGUAACCCUGGAUCUUCUGCACUCAAUAUUCAUUGUCAGUCUUGUGUCGACGUUGCUGAUUCAGAUCAGUGGGUUCAGGUGGAGCCGUCAGUCUGUAGAGGUGAAGGAGGCACAGAGUUCAGGAUCACCACUCCGGCGGGUCGAUUCCAGUGCAGCAGGACCAGAAUGCGAUGGGUUUGUGAUGGAGAUGUCACACUCCACUACCGGGCAGUGGAUGGACAUUUCCUCAACGCAGAGCUGGAGAGGCUUCAGUGCGAGCGAGUCGCUCCUGUGCUGGAUGUGAAUGUGAUCUCAGGGAAACUGGAGGAGGCUCAUCUGCCUCAUUACAUGUGUUUAGCAGAGUCAGACCCUGCACUCACCAACGCCGUCAAGCUCCUCAGUGUUGAAGAUGAGGGAAUAUCCUUGGAGUCUGUGGAGUUGACUCGCUUUCAUGCUAAAAUCCUCCAACCAAUGUUUUCUCCUAAGACAGUGCUUGUGAAACUAGGCAUACCAGUGAAAGUGCACUGUGAUCUACUUAUCUUCAUGACACAUACUUGCCCCAUCAUUCUCAAUGUGUAUUUUUUCCCAUCCGAUUCACUUGUUGAAGAAAAUAUUAAAACAGAGGAAAAAUCAAGUCACCAAAUCAAGUGUUCAAGACCUGAAGCCCCACUGCAGAUGAAGAAACAACACAGCCUUGAGGUUCCUGAUGCUGUUGUUCAACCUGAAGCAAUCAAAUUGAGAGGUAACAUGAAGCCAAACUUCUUUCAGGUCAAACAACCAGUGGUCAAUGACAUCACUAUGAUCCUCAGCCGAGUGGAUGAUCAGAAAUCAGUAUGGACAGGAACAAUUUGGAAAAAACUGAUCGAUAUAAAACUAAACAAAACAGAGUCGGACUUGUUUCAGUCUGGACAAAAACACAAGACAUCACAGCCUGCUCACAGCUUUGACAAAGCUCAGUUUUUUGAUACACAUUGGUGUAAUCUUAUUAAAAGUGUUGAAAAUGUGGACACCGUUGCAGACAAACUGCUUCAGAAACAAAUCAUUCAUGAACAAUUUUAUUCUGAAAUCAUACAUCACAAAUCAACCAGUGAGGAAAGCAUGAGAAAGAUAUGCGUCAUAGUGAGGAAAGGUAGCGCCGCUGUCAAAGAGAUCUUCAUCUCUAUUCUUCUGCAAGAAAAUCCCAAUCUUUUAAAUCAUCUGCCUUCAUCUGACUCCUAAUCUGUUUCUUGUGAGGAUUCUAUAUGUAGUAUUUUACACAAAUGAUGAAAUGACAAGGAAACUACAAGUGAUCAGAUCUUACAUCUUAUGCUGCAGCUUUUGGAGAAUACUAUUUUCAGAUUUCUCACUGUUAGCCUUUCGCUGACUAAAACACUGAAUUUCUAUGACCUAUAUUGAAUGGAAACACAAGGCGCUAUUAUGCCCUGCAGAAUAUAUAUUCGAAUUUAAAUUUAAUAGCCAUAACAGAUAAUUUACCUUAGAUUUAUAAAACAAAUGAAUCAGAAACAAGAGUGUCUGACACUCAGGGCAUACUCACACUAGGCACAAUUGUUUUGAGGCCCAUGAUUUUAUAGUUUACAAAGUUAAGAGGCAAAUAAAUAAACAGCAAUUAAUUUAAUGCCCUGCUAUAUUUGCUAUUAGUAAUAUCAUACACACAUAACCACAAUUUGUUAUGUCAUUAAAGAUAACUGUGUUUAUAUAAAAUCUAAAUAUGAGGAGGACUUUUCUCCUCCCUAGGUCUGACUGCAGACACAGUAGACAGCAGUGCAGCACGUCUCUUUCUCUAUCUAUUUCAAUCAUUAGCCCUGCCGGUAAUCCGGAGGAUUUUAAACCUGUGCGAACACCGCAGCACGGAUAUAGGCGAUGUGUCUGAAUGGUAGCGGAGUCAACUGAUAAAAGACAAAGUCCGCCAUUCUCCAAUUAUCGUAAAGCUCUCCUGACAAAAAUCGCUCGUUGCAAAACCAACAGCUUUGCUGUAUCGGCUCCCGACAGCAUCGUGCUGUGCACUCACAGUGUCUCACAGCUUGGCAGGUCUGUCUGGUCUUUGGAAAGUAUGUGCAGGGUAGUGUCUGGAUGGUUUGAUGACAUUAAUUUUAAAAGAGACAAAAACUUACUUACAUAUUCGGAUAUUCCUAUGCUUACAAAAACAGCUAUUAGUAAUGACAAGAAACCUAAAAGACAACAGAAUCACCUUCGACAGAGUUCGAAGAGGACAAAAAUGACCCACUGAAGUCGAUCAAUUUUCUGCUAACCAUAAAGGAAGAAAUGGCCCAGAUGACACUUCUGACCAACUAUUAUGAUCAGAAACAGAAAGAGGCCUGGGAGUGUUAGCUUCAGAAAAAGAUAUUCUUUGCCGACUAGGAGCUACACUGAAAAAUGAGUUGCAUGCAGAACUGUUGCAAACAAUUUGUUUGCGUUGAAUUUAAACAAACAAAUUAAGUUUAGUAAUGUUCAACUUAAUUUGUGUGUUUAAAUUCAGCCCAAAUAAAUUGUUUACCACCUCUUAACAUAAAGAAAUUGAGUAAAUCCAAGGAAUCAUCUUUGAAUAAUUUUUUUCAGUGUAUAACCUUGGAGGACAAGACUUUUGGUAGACUGCCUGAAUGUUGAUGUAAUAGAAGAAAUUAUUUGCUAUGUUUGUAUUCAGAUUAGGGUUGGGCCAAUAGACGAUGCCAUCGUCCAUCGCCGAUGGCCAAUAGACAACAUGAUGCUGAGCCGACAUCGCAGAUUCUCCGCCCUGCCCCCGUCGCAAACCCGCUCGCGAAAAAUACACUCAGGCCCCUUUACACUAAUACGUCUUAGUGUUAAAAUGGCAUUUUAGAACGAACAUGAUCCACAUCCACACCGUUUCAUCUAGCAUUUCUGAACAGCCCUCUAUCCAUUGAAAAUGCACAUCACGUGACCACACACAUACAGCCACACACUGCCAUGUGCUCCUCUGAGCUCCAGAGAGCAGUGCACAUCGGACAGGUUAUCAAGGAUGUACCGCUGGAUUGCAUCUCACUACAGCUGUUAAACGUGAUAUUCAGACAUCCCAUCGGGACUCAUAAUGACUGCAAACGAGUGAUAUUCUCCUGGAAAUCGUGUGUCUCUCUCCUGGUCCUCAAAUAAGUUGCGCACCCUUCUGCUUAAACUGACUUCUGUAUACUCAAUGACUUAGGCCUUUUAUCCUCAACGGUGGAUCAAGUAAAGGAUUUUGUUUUGGUUUUGUA